AGAAAUGUAAGCUAGAACACCGCGACAUAAAAGCCAUAAAACCAAAAGCUUAAUCAUUUAGAACACGCCCAAUAGCAACCAAUAACCCAAAAACCACAAUCAAUUAGCAUAUAGAGGGAUUAGAGACUGAGGCCAGAGCUGCGAAAUUGUCUUUGAAACCAAAAAGGAUUUGCGGAGGCAAUCGAUUAUGGAAGUCCAAGGAUCAUCAAAGCCAAUGAUAGCAACACAAGCAGAGAUGGUGGAGGCAAAGGUCCCUAUCCCGUACAGAGACCAAUGCGCUCACCUUCUGAUCCCACUCAACAAGUGCCGCCAGGCCGAGUUUUAUCUCCCAUGGAAAUGCGAAAACGAACGCCACUCUUACGAGAAGUGUGAGUACGAGCUUCUCAUGGAGAGAAUGCUUCAGAUGCAAAAGAUCCGCGAAGAGGAGGCUAAGCUCAAACAAGCCCAGAAACAGGGAGGGUCUAUUCCUCUCAUCCCUAAAACUGCCAAUGCCUAGCUGCAAAAAGCAACAAGUUUUUAUCUUUCCUUUGUUUCUUUUGUGCUUUCAAAAUGGAUCUUCUAAUGGAUGGAUGUGGCCACUUUUGGUGGGAAGUUGUUUGGGACUGUUUAUUAAGAGGCGCAUGAUGUAACAGACUCCUCAUACUUUCUUGCUCAUUUGUCAGUUGUGAAACAUUGUUCAAGUUUAUGGAAUAAAUUCCUUACUGGCAUUGAAAUUCCUUUUUUCUUUUUUAGCAUCCUUUUAUAAGAUAUGAAUGUGGACAUGACUAAUAAUAUCACUAUGGCUAUGUUCAAACAGUAAUUAAUGGCAUGUGCAGUAGCUUCUUCAA